AAUGAAAGUCUGAAAAAAAAUGUGACGAAUAUAAUGCAGGACGUGUGGGUACCUGCUCAAAAGAGUAAAAUAGAAAAUAACUUAUAUUAAUGCAGGACGCGUGGGUACCUGUUCAAGACAAUGAAUGUCAAAAAAAAAAAAAAAAGAAGAGCUCCAAUCUAAUGCAGGACGUGUGGGUACCUGCUAAAACAAAAUCAAACAUGGCGGUAAAGCGGGACAAAUAAAACAGCACGAACACGGGAUCAAAAGCGGAAGGCAAAAGACUUGGCACGUGAAUUGGCAGAGGAAAAAGCCAAAAAUGCAACUUUGAUGGAAGCUCUUGAACGUAGUCUUCAAAACGUAGAUAAUCCGGAAAUUGAGUUUAAUGCGGACAAUAAAAUGAGCAGCACUCGUCAAGCACCGACAUCAAAUUUUGAAGAGUCAAAAUUUUUCUCGUCAAUGAACCAACUCUCAAUCGCUUCCAUUAACGUACCGGAGUGCAAAGCGGCGGACGGAGAAGAUAUUCACCGUCAAACAUACGAAAUGUGGAAGGAUUUGCUUGUGGAUUCGCUUAAACUAGCAGGAAUUGAUGACGAGUCCACCAAAUUCACCGUAUUCAAGGUUAAGGCUGGAUCAAGGUUACUCGAGAUUUACAGGAACACUAAAUCUCAAGAUGAUACGCCAGAUGAAGUCACGGAACCCUUCUCAAACGCAAUGCAACGGCUCAAGACAUAUUUCGGUUCCGGGUCAGACGUAAUGUUAAUGCGACGUCGGUUGGCAUUACUGAGUCAAAAACCUGAAGAAACGGAUCUAAACUUCAUAACUCGAGUGGGAUCGAUAGCUCGUCUAUGCGAAUUUGAUGGCAACAAGGAAUUUGAGGAGAUUGCAUCCACGGUUGCGGAACACGCAAGGAGCCGAGAAGUUCGCACAACGGCCUUGAAAAUGCUUAGCCGCAAAUGUACUUACAUUGAUCUCGUGGACAAAGUGCGUGAAAUUGAAACCAUUAGACUUAAUGAGGAAUAUGUGAUGCGCCGCAAUAGUCAUGCUGAACCAGCUUUGGUUGCUCCGGUACAGUCCGUUUCAAGUUGGGAUACUUCGCGUCAACAAAGAUACCCUGGUAAUUUUGCUUCUCGAGGAUUGCGCGCCGGUGGAUUUCAACGUGGAAAUGCAUGGCGUCGCGGAGCAUGGCGUAAUAAUAGAGGAAGGCAAUCGUAUACAGCAGGCAGUUUCCAAACAUAUCAGCCGAGAAGUGGUGGGCCUGUACGUGGUGAAAGAUGCUGGCGUUGCGGCGGGGUGUACCAUUCAGCAGACGACUGUAAUAUCAAGGACAAACGGUGCAACAAAUGUGGACGUAUUGGGCACAUUCAAAGGGUAUGUUCAUACCCUGAGACACUAAAGCGCCAUACAGAUGAUGUUCCAGAUACGGUUCCGAACAAAAUCGCUGCUAUUGAACAACCAGAUGACCUGAAAGACGAGCAACGGGUAAGUGAAAAUGAUGAGAAGUAAUUAUCUACAAUACAAUAUUAUUACCC